AUGUUGAUAUUGCCAACAAGCCUUUGCUGUGUUCCACUAUGCAAUGGGGAUUCAUGCUAUCAUCAUGAAUUGAAAUUUCACCAUUUGCCUGGUCAUGAGAAGGAUACUAAGUUGAGAGAGGAAUGGCUAGUUAAGAUUCGAAGAGAUAAAAGUCCAGACUUCAAGGUAUUUUAAGAGCUUUGUUUAAUGAUCGAGAAGCAAAGUAGAAACUUUCAAAGUCUUUAAGACCUGUCGGAUUUAAGAAAUAUCCAAGGUGAUUCGUAUUAAAUGGAAUUCAUUUUGUACCAGUAUGAGAGUGUGCUUAAGACACUUUAAAGAUGAAGACUACCUUCCACCUACCACAUCUGGUUGACAACUGCUCAAAAGGGGAGCUGUUCCUUUUAAGUUUGAUUGGUCAUCCAACUCCAAAUCACAAAGAAAGAUAAUUCAACAUGUGGAAAGGUAUUGAUCAUCAAUUGUGAGUAUUUCAGUGAUGCCAUCUUAAUAACAUUGAUUCCUUAUGAAAAUUUAGCACAUCAAUUAUUAUAAUGUUCACAUGGUUACCUGAAAAUAUUUUAAUAACAUUGUUUUACUCUUUUCUUCACAGAUACCCAAACAGAUGAGAGUAAUGAUGAGCAUUAAAGUCAAUCAGAAGUUAGCCCAGCCAUUGACAAAAUGCAAUCAAAAAUUCAGUUCAUCAAGGCACAGCUACUGGCUUUGCAAGAAAAGCUACAGAAAAGUAGAGAUGAAACGAAAGCAGCGCAAGAAGAAGUAG